GUUUCCGUGUCUGAUUGUUUCCAAAGGAAAAUAAAUCAUACGAAUUAUAGACUUUCCCCAUUCUUUAUCAAAAAUUAAAUUGUCUAGUUGUACCGUUUUAUCUAAAAUAAUUUCCUGCCUCUUUCCUGAGUGUAAUUAUACUGGUUUAGUUUUUAUGCGCAAGAAGUUUUGUCAUUCAACCACGUUACUAAAUAGAGAAUAAAAAACUAUUUGGUAUAUGACACGAACAAGUUCUGAUCACGCAAGCUACAUUAUUCAUAUCAAUUUCUUCAUUAAUCAUGUACAUUUUCAUUUAAUCGAAAACUCAAUAAAACGUUUGAACUGACCCAGUAUUCUAUUGAAAACCAUUUCGCCAUCUAACCAUGACGCUCUUCAAACUAUCCAUCGUAUUAAUUUUAAUUAUAAGGGCUAAAACGCAAAACUUUACCUGCGAUAGUCUCUUUAAUACAUCGGAUAAUAAAAGCUUUGUCUCAUUGCCUAAACUAGAAACAAUACAACGUAAAGAUAUAGUUACUUGUUUAGUUCACCUUGGCAAGGAGCCGUUGCCUUCUCUUGAGGCCAAUUACAUUUGGCACUCAAUUAAAAUAUUUUACGGCGACGUCGCAAAUAUUCCAGAAAGUAUACUGGCAACGUUGCAGUGGAUUACACCAGCUAUACCAGCUGAAGAGAUCUAUAAUAUAACGCUGGGUAGUAUUGAUGUUAUAGAAAAUUUUGGAAAGGAUUAUGGGCUGAGUGAAGAUCAACUUACAGCUGUCGCUGAUCGCGUUAGAGAUGACUUCAAAGAACUGGAAGAUUACACCUGCUAUGACUUGGUUGCUCUGAAGCAAAUCCUAUGUGCUUUUAAUGGAAACGAAAUAGAAAGAAUUCACGCUAAAGCAUACAAGGCAGCGUUUGUUGAAAUAGGUGAAUUGAAGAGAUGCAGUACCGAAGUGUUGCAGAAAUUUGUUAAAUUGGCAACAGACAGUUCGGCUUUUGGUCCACCGGAUUACUGGGAUAAUGUUGUUUUGAGUUCCAUCGGCGUCCUGGGAGAGUAUUUGCCUAAAAAAAUACAAGAUAAGAUUAGCAAAGCUAAAAAAGAAAUGAAACGAUUUUUGACGGCCUGAAUUCUUUGUUGAAAUUACGUUAGUUCAGUUGAGAAUUGUUUUUAUGAAGAUGACAUAAUUUUCUUUUUA